CUGAUGCCGGGGCUCAGUGUAUACCAUAACUCUGAGCUAGAAACAUCGGUAUUAUAGUUAAAAACAAAAGUCUCAAACAAUAAGUCUAUUGUGCAAUUAUCGAAUAUCGAUCAUGGGAAACUACAACAGAACACCGUUAAAUUGUGUAAACGACGGCAUUGUGCUCUAUUAUCAUCCGAACAGUUUUUACUCACAAAAGAUCUUAUUUGCUCUGUUCGAGAAAAACAUUAAAUUUACCGCCUACGAAGUAGAUGUAACGAAUGGCGAGCAAUAUUCGCAAUGGUUUUUAGAACUGAAUCCAAAGGGAGAAGUUCCAGUCUUACAAGAUGGUACACUUAUUGUCCCAGAGUCUGGUCGAAUAAUUAGUUACAUUGAGGAUCAUUAUCAGGGAGAAAAUAUUCCAAAUUUAUUACCAAAAGAUCUGGAUCGAUCUGUGUUGGAGAAAGUUGUAUUUUUCCAUAAGAAAAUUAGUCGCAUCCCAAUCGGAGCUAUCAGUAUGGGUUCAUUUAUUCAUACUGACCUGUGCUCGAAUCCGAAACCACCAUUCAUUGGACUAACUCGGAGUUCAUUUCUGCAGAAUGAUUCAAAGAUCAGUUCCGUCCUCGAACAAUAUGCUGGAGUGAAUCCAAUUCAUGCGGAGAAUUUACGUAUAAAGGCAGAGUUUCAAGAAAAGAAACGAGCAAUAUACACCAAUCGUGACGAGUUCAUGAUUCUGGUCAACGCAGUAGAUUCGGUUUUAUCCGAAAUCGAAGCUGAACUGGAAAAGAAUGAAUCAACAAACGCGUGGCUGUGCUGUGAUCAAAUUACAAUAGCAGAUAUUAGUCUGGCAGUGCUCCUGCAACGCCUAUAUUCUCUCGGAUUCGAAGAGUACUUUUGGAUGCAAAAGCGACCACAUUUGAGACAAUAUUUUUCGAGGAUUUCAGCUAGAGAAUCGUUUAAGAAGUCUCUGCCCACAACAUUCUCAACAAUGCGAGCUGUCUGGACGAAUACGCCGUGGAUGUACAAGGCUGGAGUGGCUGCUUUGAGUGCAACAAUCGUCAUAUCAGGCAUUAUCGUUAAAACGUAGACAGAUUUUUUGAAAGUGUAAUGGGUAAAGGUGAAUUUUGUUCAAAAGAAAAUUGUUUUCCUAUUCAACACGAUGAUGGUUAUGUAGACGAAAUCAUUAUUAUUCGACAAAAAUA